UAAUUUGCAUUAAUCUAUCGUAUACCAGAUAAGUAAUAUGUUUAUAACUUACUCUCUAACAGAUAAAUUCUAAUUAGUAACGUAAAAAAGUUUAUAUAAAUUGAUUUUCUAUACAAUUUUUCUCGAAAAUUUGUUAUUGAACAGAGUAAAACGACUUCAAAGUGUGAAACAUGGAAUAGAAUAUAAAAUAAACAAUAGAGGACGACGAUGAAUCUAAUUUUAACAAUACUUUUAUCUGUUUUAAUCUGCAUCAUUUUGUUAUGGGUAAGAAGGAGGAAACGAAAGAUGACAUUGUUUCAACGUUACGGAAUUCCGGGUCCUGAGCCGAAUUUUUUCUACGGAAAUUUAAAAGAAUUUAACAAAGGGAGAGACAAAUGUAUUGAAAAAUGGUUGCAACAGUAUGGAAAAAUAUUUGGAUUUUUUUUAGGUGCAAAACCUUACUUGGUAUGCGCUGAUGUUGAAGUUUUAAAGUGCUGUCAGAUAAAAGACAAGUACAAUUUUUACAAUAAAGAUUGGGUGUUACCGGAUGCUGGAUUCCCUCACGAUGUUUCUAGGAAAAUGUUACCCCUACUCACUGAUCAGAAAUGGAGAAACUUAAGAAGUACACUUACUACUUGUUUUACUACAGGAAAAAUUAAAUUGAUGAGUGCAUUAAUGUGUCGACCAAUAAAAAUCUUUCUAAGUAAAUUAGACAAGCAGGAAGCACCAUUUAAUGUCGUCAACCUUUGUAAAAAGCUGGUGUUUGAUAUAAUUUGCACAACAGCAUUUGGUAUAACUACAAAUGUUCAAAAUAAUCAAAGUAGUAAAUUCGUCGAGUCAGCUCACGCUGCAUUUUUAGUCGAUUCUACUGACAUUUUAGCUGGAAUAACAAUUUGCUUUCCGGAAGUGGAGCCUGUCUGUAGCUUUAUUCGCUACAAAAUAGAUACAUUAAAAUACGUGUUGAAUCUUCCGUGUUUUACGGUGAUUUAUGAAACCUGUAAAAAAAUGGCCAUCUCCAGGAAAAAGUCUGACCAACAUCCGCAUGAUCUGCUGCAGGCGAUCAUAGAUGCUGAAGAUGAAAAUGGUGGAGAAGUGAAGAAACUUUCAGAUAAUUUAGUAAUUGGAAAUGCGAUGAUGUUUAUGGCAGUUGGAUACGACACGACAAGUACCACGUUGGAGUGGAGUAUUUAUCAUUUAGCUCGUAAUCCACAUAUACAAGAGAAAAUCCGUGAAGAAAUUAAAAUGAACGUUUGUGACGAUGUGGAAAUCCAAUAUUCGGACUUAUGCAAAUUUCAGUUGUUAAAUCAAGUUAUUUCAGAAACUCUUCGUCUAUGGCCAUUAUCUUUUUUCUUCAUUAUACAUAGAGUAUCGAACAGAGUAUGUGCCGACGAUUACCAUUGUAAAGAUUUCAUCAUUCCUAAAGGUUCUAUUCUAGCAGUACCAGUACAAGUUUUGCAAAAAGAUCCAGCUUACUGGAGUGAACCUGAUAAGUUCAAUCCCUACAGAUUUUCUUCCGAAAAACAAAAGCCAAUUGACUCCAUCGUUUACCAACCAUUCGGAGCGGGGCACAGAAUAUGUAUCGGACAGAGAUUAGCAAAAACUAUAUUAAUAUUAACAUUGUCGAAUCUCCUGCGAUCGUUUAAAUUAGAAUUCUGUGGAGACGACAAGAUGGAAAUAUUGCAUACGCUCUUCAUGAACUAUCCUAAGAAUGGAAUUAUCAUUAAAGCACACCCAUUAAAUUCUUAAUUUACUCAAAUUUUCAAUAAUUAUAACAAGUGAACAAACAUACAAAUAAAAAGAAUUUCAUUAAAUAUAUAAAUGUAAGCAAUAACUGAAUUAAAUGCAACAAUAAAAGUAUAGCUUUUAAUGUUUGGUAUGUAUUAUAUUAUUAUUUAUUUAUGUACUUUUUAAACUAAACAACAUUAAUUAAAUAGCAGACAGGUUGAAAAUCCUCAAAAAUUUAAAUAGAUUCUAAAUUCUAGAACAUCUCUUUAAUUGCAGUUAUUGCAGCCCUUAAAAGAUCUAUUUCCAAUAACCAACAAAGGCUAUUUAGUCAUUCACCAAUUCUAAGUUAAAGCCUUUGUUGAUUAUUGGCGUUUAACUGUG